AUAUAAAAAGCCCAUAUGUACACUUUGUACAAGUUACAGGGUGUUGAGUGGUUAGACUUUGUCUAGUUGUGUGCUUUGUCUGACAACCAUGCUUUCUAGGACUUCUUUGUGGAGGGUAGGCCUGUAUUUCCUGCUGGCUGUUCCUCUGAGCUCCUCAACAAGAUACUAUGGUUCUGAUGAGGCAAGCUAUAAUGGCCCUUCCCAGAGCCAGUGGGGAAAGCGAUCAGACGACUCACUGACCCCAGCUCGGGCACGUCAGCAUCAAGGCCAUUCGUCAAGAGGAUACGCCACAGUAGCCGUCAGACCUAGCAGCAGCACGGCUAAGAGCCAAUACUCCAAAUCUGGCACUGAAAGCAGGAAGCCUAGUCUCUACCCUCUUCCCCAAGGCGGGCAGAAAGAUCUACCCACGAGUGGAAGUUCGUACAGAGAAAAUGUCCCCUACAAAAGCCCUCCCACCUCCUGGAAGGUCAGACCUGAUUCCUCCAAGAGUUAUGGCCCUUCUGUGAAGGCACCUAAAAGGGGGUCGACCAGUGCCAUGAGCGACCGGUCUAUGAGCAGCACACACUACAGGCCUGCUACGCCACCAGCAAAGGCUUCCAUCGGCUCCGGUCAGUACAGACCACAUGGAGAUAAACCUACCUUUGGCAAAUCUAAGGAAACCAAACAGGUGCGUGUUAGGCCCCACCACUCGUUUUCGUCCGCUGAACUUUCCUCUGGCAGUUUGGGGUUCCCUCAGCCCCAGUUGGCCAAAACUGAAGUCUCCUCUCCUUAUGGCCAGAGGGGCUCGGCAACAUCCAAGAGUUCCCAUUCUCAAAGGUCAUUCAAGGCUGUCCCUCAAAGCCAAACGGAAUAUAGGAGUGGAAACAUUGGCUACCCUAGCGGCUACACGAUGAAGAAUAAUGGCCGGAAUACUGGUUACUCCAGCAGUGUUUUGCCUCAGCAGCAGGAUGAUGAUGAUGAUGAUGAUGAUGAUUCCUCCCUCACCACCAUCCCCAGCGUUCUUGGCAAGGGCGUCAUCAUGACGAUAUCGGCAAACGGACGGCAGAUAAAGACUGGACAGGGCGUGCCUAAGUUUAGGCCAGGUCCCCCACCUCAGACCGCUAAUCCAUCCUAUGGGUCAACGGGUGGUUAUAAAAGGUGGAGAGUGUAACUGUGGCAUCAGGAUUCUAGUCUGAUGGGGACCUAUCUAUGGCAGAAACCUCUACUUUACCUGCUGUGAAAAAGGUGUCCAGGACCUGAUGACUUUGGUUUUGCUAUAAAUGUUCAUGAAGUGUCAAAUGUCUUGAGAAAUAAAAUCAUGAUGACCGUUA